CCAACUCCAUUUUCAGCACGAGGCCCUUUGUCCGGCUGGCCCUUUCAAGUGUGUGCUGCGUAGUAGUCAGUCUUAAGUCUUAAGAAACUUCUCCUGCAAUGGUUCAAACCAGUGGCUGAACCAUCCCUGUGUGUCAUGACUGCGAACAUGGAGGUGACCAUUUUGCGCUUCUCCCGGCACAAUGAGGCUUGGAGGACACAAGUCCUUUGCUCGCCAGUGGCGAAAAGUGCUCAAAGUCGGGGAGUCGAUAUUGAACCCACCUGGGCGAAUGGUGCCAAGAUCAUGGUCGGAGGCAUGAAAGUUGCGGACUUCAUCCGACUUCGCCUUGAGCUGAAGCCGUGGCACGUGAUUUUGCUGAAAGAGGAUGUUGAAGACCUCUUGGGGUGGCUUCAGGAAAACCUCCCAUGCAGACAACGCCCAAGAGCUCAGGAGGUAGCCCUAGAAGAGGACAUUCCAAUCUACACCGUGGAGCGAACUUUUAUCCACACAGGAGUCCACACACCGAUGGUUGGAAUAGCUCCACGCAGUUCUUCUGCCUUGACCAGCUCUACAUCAGGCCAUGCGAAUCCUAGGCGUUGGAGGCCAAGCUUGCCCAGCGGGAGUGCAACGGUUGGGAGUCAAGGGCUUGGUGCCCACAAAACUCUUGAAGAUCAUGCCGAUGACAUGAAGCAGCUACAGCGGAAACGUGACAUUCAUGGAGUGCUCCAGGUUUUUUCGAAGAUCAAAGCGGAAUGUCUAGUGCCAGAUGUGUACUGCUACAACAUUGUCAUCAAUACAUUUGGCAAACUUCAGCAACUGGAUGAUGCAGAAAGAUGGUUCCACGACAUGGAAUCUAGUGGCGUUCCAGCAGAUGAGAAGACCUUUUGUGUUUUGAUGGAUGCCUACGGCAUUGCCAAGGAUACGGAGCGGGCUGAAUGGUGCAUGCAUGAAAUGCACGGAAGAGGCAUGACCCCAACUUUGAGCCAUUUCAAUGUCCUGAUUAGUGCCUUUGCCACCCGUGCCGCUCAAAAGUAUCAAGGGGACACUCAAAAGUGGUGCGAGCAAGCCGAACAGUGUUUCGAUAAUUUAACAAGGUCAGGCUUGCAGCCAUCAGAGCAUACCUUUGGUGCUCUCAUCGACAUGUACGCUCAAAUGGGCGAGCCUCUGAAGGCAGAAGAGAAACUACGCCUCAAGAUUGAAGAAGGUCUUAAGCUGAGCGACAAGGACUGCAGUAUGAUGAUGAAUGCAUAUGCCAAUGCUUCUGAUUUGCCCGGGGCAUUGAGAUGGCACAAGAAAGUGAAGGAGCUAUCAACUGCUUUGCAUGCCCGUGACUUCACUCCGUUGCUGAAGGCUUGUGCCAAGGCCAAGCGACCGGAUCUUGCCUGUGACAUCUUCCGACAGGUAGUCGAGAGCAGAGUAAAGCCCGAUCACUUCCAAAUCGUGACGUUGAUCGGGGCCACAGGCAAAAAUACAGCUCUGAAGCUUUGCAAUGAGCUGGGCGUCAACACUGAACAGGCAAAGAGGGAAUUUGAUGCAAUCGGGGAUGAGCAUAAUUUCAGCCCAACGCAGCUUAAUCGAAAGUUGUGGAAACUUGAAUUGGAGACAUAAGCCCAUUGUACAGCACAAGAAAGGGCCUUAGUGGUAGAUGAUGUGUCCUUGCACAGAAAUCGCCUCAGUUUGCUCGCCUUAUUGUCUUGGCUCUUGUCGGCAGAAUGCCCACGUGGGUUUAGACAGCUAAGCGCCUGACCAGCUGAGGCUCCCAAGCCGCUUUCGAACACAACAAGCGCUGAGAUGGAAUCGUAUACCG